CAAAAACUAAAUUACAUAUAACACCAGGAUACGCAAUAUGGAACUUUUACCCAAAAAACAUUGUAGAGUUUACACCAGGACAAAGUGAGUGAAAAUAAAAUAAUUAUUGUAGUAAAUAGCCAUGGGCCUCUCUGGCGGGGGGGAUGGGGGGGGACAUGUCCCCUCCAAAAAUUCCUUGUGGAGGGUACACAAUAACACUUAAGGGUAAUUUUUUUUCCCCUUCAUUUCAUUCUAAACAGUUCUUCAAUCAACAUUACAUUGUUGUCAUUACAUUGUUUCUAUUAUUAUCACAUUACAUACAAUACAUUCUAUUUGUAUAUUUUUACUUCUCUUCGCCAAAUAUAUUUACAUCACAUGCCCCCCCCCCCCCUAAAUUUACUUACCAAAGAGGCCCAUCUAAAUACCAUAAAUACCUCUCUUCUGAGACCCUCAGUCUCUGGUGAUAGUACCAGCUCAAUCGGUAUCCUUGCACAUUUUAAUGUAAAAAAUAUUAAACUGGGAUGCAAUAUCUAUUAGUAUCGUCUAAUGACUUAGGCCGUUGUCCGAAGCAUUUACCUUCCCGAGCGGCCGGAUAGAGCCACCAGAUGGAGCUAACGUCAGCACAGUCUUCUUCAUAAUUGUAGGCAUUUAUUUAGCAAAUUCUCCAACAUAAAAUGUUUGUGUAUGUCUUAAAUUACUUUGUCAACAAAUUUCUACUGUUCGAUAUGACAGUGCAUUGUGAAUUUAUUCUAUCCCUUAUUUCAGAUAAACCAAAUAUCCAUUUCCAGCACAAGCAGGGGAAGUUAUUACAUGGCCCAGCAAUUGAGUUCUUUGGCUCUCCUUUCAUGUAUGAAAAAUCCCUGUACAUGGAAUGUGCCCAAGGAUCCAGUUAUCGACAAUCUAAAGAGACUGUUGAGCAACUGCCUGAUCACCCAAACUGUAGGAAAAAAAAAUUUCUGAUUCACAGUUCAAAGAAAAUUGGUUGUCAAGCGAGGAUGACACUAAAAUGUGUAAGGGUGUAUCCAGAUUUUACCUCGCCAGACUCGAAGAGAAAAAAAUGUGCCGUGGUGAAGAAAUUGAAGGAUGCUCUAAGAGAAAAAGUACCCAUUACAAGCUACCUUCGAUACUAUGUUAAAAUCAGCACAGAUGAGAGCCACAACCACACACCAACAGCUGCUCAUCUGUGCCAGCAGAUCCAUCCAGACCUUGUAGCAGAAAUUAAGAGACUUGUGGACCAAGGUGUUACAGCCACAAGGGAUGUGAAAUUAUUACUUGAACAGUAUGUGCGAAGUAAAUUUUCCGGUGACAAAACAUCCAACAGGCUCAGCAAAGCCUUUUACCCAGAACAGUCAGUAAUUUAUGCACAUGUUUACAGGGAAAUAUUUUCAAAGAAGGGAGACCAAAUGGACCAAGAGGUACUGCAGCGUACCAUUAAUGAAUGGAAACUUGAAAAUAGUGAGGACUGUUUUUUUUACAGACCGUAUGAAGAAGUUUCUGAUUGUGAAGUUUCACCCUUACUGUUUUGUCACCAAACAAAGUGGCAACAGAAGUUGCUGUUGCGAUAUGGUAGUAUGUGUUUAUUAGACGCCACUUACAAGACUACAAAAUACGCUUUGCCACUUUUUUUUUUAGCUGUGAAGACCAAUGUUGGCUACAGUGUUGUUGGUACUUUUGUAGUUCAAUCUGAAAGCACUGCAUUAAUUGCAGAAGCUUUGAAUGUAUUCAAGGAAUGGCUUCCUGAAUGGCAACCACAAUUCUGGAUGACAGACUUCAGUGAGAUGGAAAUAGUUGCAAUUGAAAAGACCUUUCCUGGAAACACAGUUUACUUAUGUGCAUUUCACAGAGAGCAAGCAUGGUUAAGGUGGGUCAAGAAGAGUGGUAAUGUAACAUCUGGUGAUUCAGAAGAGAUUUUAAGUAUGUGGCGUGCUAUUGCAUCUUCAAGAGACACGCACGAGUUUGACCUUAAUCUAGAAGUAAUGAGCAGUAAUGACAUCAUGCAACAAAACCCUAAAGCAGCUGACUAUUUGGCUACCCAUUGGCUACCUCAUAAACACAGGUGGGUACAGGCCUUCAGUGAAAAAGAUUUUGUCACCAUUAUUCACACCAAUAAUGGAAUUGAAAGUCAGAAUAAAGUGUUAAAGCAUUCAUAUCUUUGUCACAAUUCUGAUAAAUCCCUCACAGGAAUGCUCAAGACAGUUAUUAACAGCUACUUACCAGAUAUGUACCGAAAAUACUGCUAUAAGAAUUCUACUGUUAAGAUGUUUAAUCCAGAGAUACCCUCAUAUUUGAUAAACCGACCACAGAACUUUAUAAAACAUGUGCUCACCAGAAUAAGUGCUGCUCGAUCUGAUAUUUGCAAGGAAUACAUUACAGAAAUUUCUAAAGGAAUUUUUAGAGUUCAGAGUUCAACAGAUAAAAAUAAAUUUUACUGUGUUAAUUUUGAUAGUGCUACUUGUAGUUGCACAGACUUCAUGAAUUUCAGAUUUCCUUGCAAACAUAUGUGUGCAAUAUUUGAAUUCUUUCCCAACUGGAGUUUUCUUCAGCUGAACUCUGCAUAUACUAAAAGUCCAUAUAUCACACUAGAUUCAAAUAAUAGUUAUUGUACUACAACAGAUAUCAGAAAUCCUUUCUCCACAGGAACUGCAAAUUCUGAAAACAUUUCGACAGGAGAAACUGUAGUAAAUUGUACAUCCACACCGACAGAAGAAGCCAGUGAAGUUAGCUCUAGCAUAUCAUCAUAUCAGCGUGAAUUUAGAAAUUUCAACAAAAUGUUGAUUGAAUCAUCUUAUGUAUGCAAAGACAAAACAUUUUUUUCUGAAAACAUUGAAGUUCUGCGAAAAAUGCAUACAGAAAUGGAGGGCAAAAUAAAAAAAAUAUCUGGGUUACCACUUAUACAGUUAAGUCCUUUGGCAAGCAUUGCUUCUAAAAAAAUAAAAGAAAAAUAUAAGAUGUUGCCCUUGCGCAAAAAGCGAAGGACCAGGGUGAGAACUGGAGUGACAGUUCAAAUUAACCUUUCAUAAGCAAAACAUUUUUUGGCUUUCAAAAAACCUGAGAGAAAUCAAUGAAAUUUUAAAACCAAACUGUAAAUACUUUCUCUAAACAUACGGGAAUUGUGAUGUGACAUUGAAGAAACCAAGCAACUAAACUUAUGAAAAUCUUCCACACAUGCCACCUAUGUACUAUUGAUUUUUAUGUUAUUUCAUUCCUUUAAUGCUAAAAUUUUCACCAUACUUCUAGCCAAUCCUGCUUUUAAGUGAGAGUAAACAUUAACA